AUGCUAAUGAUUGAAACUCUGGAAUUAAUAAGACAUUAUCUUCAUUGUGGAGCACAUUAUAUAAGCGUUUACCAAGGACCRACAUCCAACAGUCCUUUGCUGACUACGAUUUGUGACAAGAGCAAGAAAGAUCACACUUUUCCCGGGCCAAACGUGCUGCUUGAGUUCAGGGCUGGAGCCUCGAUUCCGCCGUACGACUACACUGGCUUCGUGGCUACUAUCGAAUUCAUCGAUGACGUGAGUACGCAACCAGCUAGUACUGCGGCCACUUUGGAAAUAUCUUCGUAUCCAGCCAUCGCUGUUCAAAGAAACUUAAGGAACGACCAAUCUUGUGAGAUGACAAUCAAAUCGGCUGACAUCAAGUCUGGACAUUUCGAUUUACGUGGAAUGCAAAAUUGGAAAACAAAUUGCACUAUUCGUUUCGAAGGGAGUGAACUGGAAAUAGUGCACAUAUCCUUGUUUAACUACGUGCUUAAAGCCAGUUCUUGUCAAUCAUUUAUUGAAAUUUACGAUGGACCCGUUAUAAAGUCAAAAGAUAAAACUAAACGUUUGUGCAGUCCCGUAGAGAAUCAUGCUAGGGAUACAAAUGGCAUGUUUCGUGAAAGACAAAUGUUUGUUUCGUCGGGGAAUCAUAUGACGCUCUUCGUACGCAGAUUAAUGGCAAACGAUCAAAAYGAAGAGACCGAAUUUUUGGACGGUGCCUACAGUUUCUUUAAUGUAUUAGAAAGAGGAACAUUGCAACCGGACACAUUAUGUGAUGUUAACUACAAUGGCCGGAGCAGUUCAUCUAGAGGGAAAUUGAAACAUCCAGGAACCGAACAAAUAUUUUGGAAUGUUGAAGGACAAUUGAGGUGUUCCCAAAAUCUCAUUCCAGCUACCAAUCAAAGCAUAAGCAUCAAAGUYAUAUCGUUAAAUAAGAUGUCAUCAGACCUGUGCUACACCGAAUGUGGAGAUGGCGGGUGUCGUUGUGUCAAAAACGCCACAUCGGUUGUCGAUCAGCUGUACAUCAUAUCGACAAACGAUGACAUGUUAUCGUGCAUUUGUGGUGAUUUUCAGGCCGAAUGGUUACCAAUCACCGUCAAAUCGUGGUCACCCAUCAAGUUGGUAUACUCGGUAUCAAAGUACAGUUGGUCCAACAAGGGGUUUGAAUACUCGGCCGAGUAUUCGUUCAAAGACGACAUGGUAUGCGGUUAUCGAGUCAUCAACCAACAUACMGGCAUACUCGAGUCGCCGAUAAUGAUCAGAGAGAGUCCACUCAAUUUCUAUUACCACCAGGAUUGUACAUGGUUACUGGAUUCAAAUGUCGAACGUCACUUGACCAUAGAAAUGGGAAGUUCACAAAGUCCGAAUUUUCAAUUGGCAUUUUCAGAUAUUAUGUAUGUGUUAAUGUCAAAGACGAUAAUUAUUGGAAAAAGAAGUCAAUGA